AUGAGUCCAAUAUCCAAAUCUCAAUUACCUAAGCGCUCUUUACAUCAAACUCAGACAAUAUACUCGCAUAUUUCAGGCAUCUCUCGGAUUGUGCCGAAAUAUAUUGAUGGGCAGGGAGGGCAUGGACAAUGUGGGGAAGAAUGGAGUUGGAAACAUCUCAAAGGAAAUGAGGUCGUGCGUGGAGGUAUCUUACAUCUUAAACGGGAAAAGGAAUGGUUGGAUAGACGAUGGUUUGAAGGCUUUGCAUCAGGACUGCUUGGUACGCCAUAA